GUGAUUCAUAGUGAAACAUGUUGAAGGCUGACCUGCUAGGCCGGGUCUUCUUCCCCUGAGCCUUAGGGGCUGCGGGCCAAGGAUGGAGGCACUCACACCAUCUAAAGUCUCCAGGUCCUGACUGCCACCUCUCCAGAUCAGCAUGGAGGCUGAAGAUCUCUCAAAGGCUGAAGAAGGACCUGAGGACCCAGGUUUAAAAAAUGAAGGCCAGUCUGCUGCUGUGCAGCCUGAGUACCCACUUGGAAGGCAGUCCCCUGGUCCCACUGACCUUUGGGAUAUGCUGGAAAGGAAGUUUCUGGAAUACCAGCAGAUGACAUAUGGGAGUGCAGAUGAACGUCGGAAGAGUCUGUUGUGUCUUCUCCCCCUUUUCCUAAAGGCCUGGGAACACUCUGUGGGCAUAAUCUGCUUUCCCAGUCUCCAAAGGCUAGCAGAAGAUGUUUCUGACCAGCUUGCCCAAGAAAUACAGAAGGCCCUUGCUGGGAAACCUGCAGAACAAGCACGAGUGGUGGCGGGGCAGUUGCUGCGGUGCAAGGGGGACGUGGAUCGGGAUGGCUACUUGCUCUUGAAGUCGGUGUAUGUGCUCACAGGAACAGACUCGGAGACGCUGGGCAGAGUGGCCGAGUCUGGGCUUCCAGCCCUCCUCCUCCAGUGCCUGUACCUCUUCUUUAUCUUUCCUCUGGAAAAGGAUGAGAAUGAUGUUCAAGGUCAGAGGAUGUUUGUGCAGAUGUUACUCAACAUUUGCAGUGAGUCUCAGGGUCUGGAAGGAUUUCUUUCAGGAUGUGAACUUCAGUCUCUACUGAUUGCCACCACUUGUCUUCGGGAACACAGCUGCUACUUCUGGAAAGAGCCCACCUUCUGUGUGCUGAAGGCAAUCUCCAGGGCUCAAAGCCCCAGUAUCAUCCAAUACCUCCAGGCUGCUGACUGUGUCCGGCUCUCAGUUCAGAACCUCUCCAGGCUGGCAGACACUCUCCCACCUCCCGAGGUGAGCGAAGCUGUGAACCUCAUCUUGGGCUUUGUGAAGGACUCCUACCCCAUCUCCACAACUCUGCUCCUGGAGUUUGAAAACGGGGAGGGUUAUCCUCUGUUACUCAAGGUAUUAUUACGGUACGACGGACUGACUCAGGGUGAAGUGGACCCCCACCUGGAGGAGCUUGUUGGACUAGUAGUGUGGCUGACAACCUGUGGAAGGUCAGAGCUGAAGGUGUUUGACAGUGUCACUUACCCUCAGCUUGAAGGCUUCAAGUUCCAUCGUGAGACUUCUGGUGUGAGUGUUAAGAAUCUGCAGGCCUUCCAGGUUCUGCAGAGUGUUUUCCACAAAGCCAAUGAUGCUGUCCUCUGCAUGCAAGUCCUGUUGGCCAUCAAGACCAUGUGGGCUUGGAACCCUUGGAAUUUCUUCCUUCUGGAGUGGACCCUGCAGCCCAUCUCACAGUUUGUGGAGAUUGUACCCCUGAAGCCUACCCCAGUGCAGGUGCAAUUUUUCCAGCUCCUGGAGUCACUGGUGUUCAAGAUGUGCUACGUGCCCCAUGAGAUCCUGCAGAAGGUGCAGCGUCUGAUCAAGGAGAGCCCUGAGCCAUCCUGUACCCUUGUGGCACUGCAGAGCAUCCUCAAGAUCACUGGCAGUGACCCUCUCUUCACUGACAUCUUCAGGGACUCAGGGCUGCUGGGCUUGCUGCUGGCCCAGCUGAGGAAGCAGGCCAAGAUCAUGAGGAAGUCAGGAAACAAAGAGUAUAGUCCUGGCAUUCAGGAUCCAGAAAGAGAACUCACCUGUGUGAUGCUGAGAACUGUGGUAGCACUUCUGAAAGGCUCGGUUCGGAAUGCAGUUGUCCUGAAAGACCAUGGCAUGGUGCCCUUCAUCAAGAUCUUCCUGGACGAUGAGUGCUACAGGGGAGCCUCACUCAGCAUCUUGGAGCAGCUCUCUGUCAUCAAUGCUGAAGAGUAUAUGAGCAUCAUUGUUGGUGCUUUGUGCUCAUCCACUCAGGGGGAGCUGCAGCUGAAACUGGACCUCCUGAAGUCUCUUCUUCGGAUCCUAGAGACCCCCAAAGGCCGGGCUGCAUUCAGAGUCUCCAGUGGGUUCAACGGGCUGCUGUCCCUGCUGUCUGAUCUGGAGGGGUCUCUCCAUGAGCCUCCACUGCAGGUAUGGGGGACUGUGACCCCCAGCCAGACACUGGAACUGGUGCUGCAUACCCUCUGUGCUGUGUCUGCAGCACUGCACCUGGACCCUGUCAACAGUGACUUCUUCAGGAGGAAUGGGCUUUUUGAGAAGCUGGCUGAGGACCUCUACUUGCUGGGCUGUUUUGGGGUCCUGAUCAAAGAAGGACCCUCUCGACACUCUUGGUCUGAUACCAAGGCCAGGCCGUUUGCUGAUUUCCUGAGUGCUGCCUUUUCCUCCCGCUGCCCACUCCCACCCAGGAUUCAGAGAUGCCUCCAGAUCCUCAGUUUUUUGGACAGCAUGGCCAGUGGUAUCCUCCACCUGCGCAGGGACUUGAAGGACUCCCUGAGGGCUGGGCAAGAGUCAGUUGUGGAUGUUCAGAAGGGAAACGCCAUUAGCAACCUCCAAGGCAACUUCAAGUGGCUGGACCCAGAGGAGAGGAUGGAUGAAGGUGAUUCUGUCAUCAUGCACCCUGGGAUGGUGUGCGUCAUGGUGAAGCUGCUGCCUCGCUUGUACCAUGAAGAUCACCCACAGCUUUCUGAGGAGAUCCAGUGCUCCAUGGCCAGUCACCUCCAGUCCCUGGUGAAAUCAGAGAAGAACCGCCAGGUCAUGUGUGAGGCGGGGAUGCUCAGGACCCUCAUGACCUCCUGUGGCUGGGCCCUCAGCACCAGCAGCAGCCCCUUGCACUCACACCUCAUCAGGAUUUUUGAAAAGCUUGCUUCCCAAGCCAUCGAACCAGAUGUGUUAAGACAAUUUCUAGGUCUUGGAAUUCCUCCACCUCUGUCUGCUACAAAGAAAACCCUUGAUUCUUCUCAAUGGCAUGGAAGCCCCCCUGGACACUCAGGGUUACAGGCAGCAGAUCAGGGCAUGGUUGAGGGACCUGCAGAAGCCAGUCCAAAUUCUGGAGUGGCUCAGUCCCUCAGGUCCUCAGAGGCAUCCCAGGAUUCAACCACAGCCCUUCAAACCGCACUGAGCCUCAUCUCCAUGACCUCCCCACGCAACCUGCAGCCUCAGAGGGCUGCUCUAGCACCAUCAUUUGUGGAAUUUGACAUGUCUGUAGAAGGUUAUGGCUGUUUGUUUAUUCCAACCCUGUCUACAGUUAUGGGCAUCAACACCGAGUAUUCUGUCUCUGGAGGGAUUGGGACAGGUGCUGCCAGAUCAUUCCCUCCACCAGGGGGUCUGACCUUCUCCUGCUGGUUCCUGAUCAGCAGGCAGGCUGCUAUCACUGAGGGCCACCCUCUGCGCUUCCUAACCUUGGUGCGCCACCUGGCCAGGACUGAGCAGCCCUUUGUCUGUUUCUCCGUCAGCCUCUGUCCAGAUGACCUAUCCUUGGUUGUGUCCACAGAAGAGAAAGAAUUCCAGCCCCUGGACAUCAUGGAACCCGAGGAUGAGUCUGAGCCCUCUGCAGGAUGCCAACUUCAGGUCAGAUGUGGCCAGCUGCUGGCUUGUGGUCAAUGGCAUCACCUGGCUGUGGUUGUCACCAAGGAAAUGAAAAGGAAUUGUAUCGUUUCCACCUAUCUAGAUGGACAGGUCAUUGGUUCAGCCAAGAUGCUGUACAUUCAAGCCUUACCAGGACCUUUCCUUUCAAUGGAUCCAUCUUCAUUUGUGGAUGUCUAUGGAUAUAUUGCAACCCCUCGGAUUUGGAAACAAAAAUCAUCAUUAAUCUGGCGUCUUGGUCCUUCAUAUCUUUUUGAAGAAGCCAUAUCACCAGAUACUCUAGAAGUUAUUAUCAAGCUUGGCCCAAGAUACUGUGGUAACUUCCAAGCUGUGCAUGAUCAAGGAGGAGACCCAGCGGGUCAAGCCACACCCCUUGUUGCAGAGGAAAAGAUUUCCUUUGGUCUUCAUGUAACCAGCUCCUCCAUCACCACUGUAGCAGACAUCAGAAAUGCCUACAAUGAGGUGGAUAGUCGCCUGAUCGCCAAAGAGAUGAACAUUUCAUCCCGUGACAAUGCCAUGCCUGUGUUCUUGCUGAGAAAUUGUGCUGGACACCUCUCAGGUUUUCUUCGGACCCUUGGAGCUGUUGCUGUGGGCCAAUUAGGGGUGAGGGUGUUUCACUCCAGCCCUGCUGCCUGCAGCCUGGACUUCAUUGGCGGGCCCACCAUCCUUUUGGGCCUUAUCUCCUUAGCGAAGGAUGACCAUACCAUGUAUGCAGCUGUGAAAGUCCUGCACUCAGUCCUGACCAGUAACGCCAUGUGUGAUCGCCUGAUGCAGCACAUCUGUGGCUACCAGAUAAUGGCAUUUCUCUUGCGGAAGAAGACUUCUCUCCUAAACCAUCGAAUUUUUCAGUUGAUCCUCUCAGUUGCUGGUACAGCGGAGCUGGGCUUCAGGUCAUCUGCCAUCACCAACAUAAGUGUCUUCCAGCAUAUUCUCUGCAAUUUUGAGCUCUGGAUGAAUACUGCAGACAACUUGGAACUUGCCCUCUUUUCUCAUCUUGUGGAAAUUCUUCAAUCACCAAGGGAAGGACCCAGGAAUGCUGAAGUUGCUCACCAGGCACAGCUUAUACCUCAGCUUGUCUUCCUUUUCAAUGAGCCUCGCCUUGCCCCUUCCAAGAUCCCCACCAUCAUUGCCAUUCUGGACUGUCAGCUGAAGAGCCACUUCAGCAUCUGCGAUGUGCUCAGGAUUGGGCUGUUUAUCGUGUACACCCUCAAGCCUUCAUCAGUGAACGAGAGGCAGAUCUGCGUGGAUGGAGCCCAGGAACUUUCCAUGCCUGCUGGAAGCCAAACAUCUGGAAAGACAAUCUGGCUCCGAAACCAGUUGCUGGAGAUGCUGCUCAGUGUAAUAUCUUCCCCCCAACUUCAUCUGUCCUCUGAGUCAAAAGAAGAGAUGUUUCUGAACCUGGGACCCGACUGGUUCCUGCUGCUCCUGCAGGGCCACCUGCAUGCCAGUACUACUGUGCUGGCAUUGAAGCUGCUGCUACACUUUUUGUCAAAUCCCUCCCUCCGUGGGCGAUUCAAAGAUGGCCUUCCUGUAGGAUCCUGGGUGGAACGAAGCACCGAGGGCAUGAACAUUGUGAUGGACAACCUGAAGAGCCAUCCUUCUGUACCUGACCAGAGCCCCCGCCUGCUUCCUGGGUUCCGUGUCUUGACUGCCUUUCUGGCCCUGCAUGUUCAUAUUCCUGAAGUCUACCUCAUUGUGUCCACCUUCUUCCUACAGACGUCACUUACAGAGCUGAUGGACUGUCCAAAAGACAGCCUAGAUGCCAUGCUUCAUUGGCUCCUGAAGAAUCACCACCAGCAAGAAGUCCUCCGGGAUGGACUGUGCACAGAAGGGGCCCUGCUGCUUCUAGAAAUGCUGAAAGCCACCAUGAGUCAGCCCUUGACAGGUUCUGAAGAUAGCAUCUGGGAACAGACAUUCCCAGUCACUGUGCUGCACUUCCUCAGCCUGGUACACCGCACCUACUCCCAGGACCCGGCGUGGCGGGCCCCAGAGUUUCUCCAGACCUUGGCUAUAGUCACCUUCCCCUUGGGAACCCAAAAGGGGCCUUCGGCUGAGUCCACCUGGAACACCAGCAGUCCUGGGACUGUCUCUGAAGGUGACAGCCCCAAGGAAGGUCUCCAGGCUCCUGUCAAGUCACACCCUGCCCGGAGGCAGCUGAGAGACUUCACUCAGAUCCUCUUGAGGGAGCUCCUGCUUGGAACCCCCAGCCCCAAGCAGUGGCUGCCACUGGAGGUGCUUCUGGAGGCUUGUCCAGACAAUGCCACCAGCCAACAGAAGCGUGACUUCCAGUCUGAGGUCCUUCUUUCUACCAUGGAAAUAUUCCACAUCAUGAGUGGAGGCAACAUGGCACUCAGAGGCAGUAAAGAGCCUCAGCCAAACAUAGAAGCUGCCGCCGCUCCUUCCCUAUCAAACAUCUCCUACUUCACCCAGAAGCUGGUGGAGAAGCUGUAUGGUGGGAUCUUCUCAGCAGACCCCAGACAUAUUCUUCUCUUCAUCACAGAGCACAUCAUGGUGGUCAUCGAGAAUACCUCUUCUCAAAGAGAGACUGUCAUCAGUGCUUUAUACAGCAGUUUGAACAAAGUCAUUCUAUAUUGCCUCUCCAAGCCCCAGCAGUCCCUGUCUGAGUGCCUCAGCCUUCUCAGCAUCCUGGGCUUUCUACAGGAGCACUGGGACAUUAUCUUUGCCACCUAUAAUUCCAACGUCAGCUUCCUCCUGUGUCUCAUGCAUUGCCUUUUGCUGCUCAAUGAAAGAAGUUAUCCAGAAGGAUUUGGAUUGGAACCCAAGCCUAGAAUGACUCCUUAUCAUCAAGUCUUUCUUUCCCCAAAUGAAGAAGUAAAAGAAAAAACAGAGGAAAACGUCCCAAGUUUGAGUGAUGUCCAGCACAAUAUUCAGAAGACAGUGCAGACUCUCUGGCAGCAACUCGUGGCUCAGAGGCGGCAGGCACUGGAGGACACCUUCAAGAUCGAUCUCUCUGUGAAACCUGGAGAGAGUGAAGUGAAGAUUGAAGAGGUCACCCCACUCUGGGAGGAAACGAUGCUCAAGUCCUGGCAGCAUUACCUAGCGUCUGAGAAGAAGUCACUGGCCAGUCGUUCGAGUGUCACACACCAAAGCAAAGUCACUUCAUGGAGUGAGAGCCUGUCCUCAGCCAUGAGGCUGAUGCCCGGGCGGCAGGCCAGGGACCCUGAGUGCAAGGCCGAGGAUUUUGUGUCAUGUAUAGAGAACUACAGAAGAAAAGGACAGGAGCUAUAUGCAUCUUUAUACAAAGACCAUGUACAGAGGCGGAGAUGUUGCAACAUCAAGGCAGCCAAUGCCUGGGCCAGGAUCCGGGAGCAGCUUUUUGGGGAGCUGGGCCUAUGGGGCCAGAUGGCAGAAACCACGUUCUGCUCCCGGUGGGAACUGGACUGGAGAGAAGGACCGGCUCGCAUGAAGAAACGCAUCAGACGGUUGUCUCCAUGGGAGGUCCGGAGCCCAGAAAAGUGCAAGGAAGGCCAAGACAGAAAGGGUGAUAUUUCUCAAAUCAAUGCUGAAAAACAAGAUGAGCUGACUCCAAAGGAAGCCGAGAGCGAGCCUGUCGAGGUGGCGGUAGACUGCACCCAGCUGACAUUCUUCCCUGCAUUGCAUGAAAGUUUGCACUCAGAAGAUUUCUUAGAAUUAUGUCGGGAAAGACAAGUUAUUUUACAAGAGCUUCUUGAUCAAGAAAAGGUGACCCAGAAGCUCUCCCUGGUGAUUGUGCAGGGCCACCUGGUCUCCGAAGGGGUCCUGCUCUUUGGGCAUCAACACUUCUACAUCUGUGAGAACUUCACCCUGUCUCCCACAGGUGACGUCUAUUGCACCCGGCACUGCUUAUCCAACAUCAGCGAUUCCUUCAUUUUCAACAUGUGCAGCAAAGACAGAUCUUCUGAUCAUUACUCGUGCCAGCGCCACAGCUAUUGGGACCUUAGGGAGCUCCGGCAGGCCCGCUUCCUCCUACAGGAUAUUGCCCUGGAACUCUUUUUUCAAAAUGGAUAUUCCAAGUUCCUUGUCUUCUACAACAGUGAUCGGAGUAGGGCCUUCAAAAGCUUUUGCUCUUUCCAGCCCAGCUUGAAGGGGAAAGGUGUCACAGAGGACCCCCUCAAUCUAAGGAAAUACCCCAGCUUCGACAGGACAAUGCUGCAGAGGUGGCAGAAAAGGGACAUCAGCAAUUUUGAGUACCUCAUGUAUCUCAACACCCUGGCUGGGAGGACCUACAAUGACUACAUGCAGUAUCCGGUAUUUCCCUGGGUCCUUGCUGACUACACCUCAGAGGUGUUGAACUUGACAAAUCCAAAGACUUUCCGGGAUCUUUCAAAACCCAUGGGGGCUCAGACCAAGGAAAGAAAGCUGAAAUUUAUCCAGAGGUUUAAAGAAGUUGAAAAGACUGAAGGAGACAUGACUGUCCAGUGCCACUACUGUACUCACUACUCCUCAGCCAUCAUCGUCGCUUCCUACCUGGUCCGGAUGCCACCCUUCACCCAGGCUUUCUGCUCUCUGCAGGGUGGAAGCUUUGAUGUGGCAGAUAGAAUGUUCCACAGCAUGAAGAGUGCAUGGGAGUCUGCCUCUAGGGAGAACAUGAGUGACGUCAGGGAGCUGACUCCAGAGUUCUUCUAUCUUCCUGAGUUCUUAACCAACUGCAAUGCAGUGGAGUUUGGCUGCAUGCAGGACGGGACAACACUAGGGGACGUGCAGCUUCCUCCCUGGGCAGAUGGGGACCCUCGGAAAUUCAUCAGCCUGCACAGACAGGCUCUGGAAAGCGACUUUGUCAGUGCCCAUCUCCAUCAUUGGAUAGAUCUCAUUUUUGGAUACAAGCAGCAGGGACCAGCUGCAGUGGAGGCAAUUAAUACCUUCCACCCCUACUUCUAUGGAGACAGAGUGGACCUCAGCAGCAUCAGUGAUCCUCUGAUCAAGAGCACCAUCCUGGGCUUUGUCAGCAACUUUGGACAGGUUCCCAAACAGCUCUUUAGUAAACCCCACCCAGCCAGGACCACCACGGGGAAGCCGUCACCUGGGAAGGAUGUCUCCACGCCUGCCAGCCUGCCUAGCCACUCGCAGUCCUUUCUCUACAGCCUACAGUCACUGAGACCCUCCCAAGUCACAGUCAAAGGAUCAGAGUCCCCCAAAGGGGCCAUUGGUCACAUUGUCCCUACCGAGAAGACCAUCCUGGCUGUGGAGAAGAACAAGGUGCUGCUGCCUCCUCUCUGGAACAGGACCUUUAGCUGGGGCUUUGAUGACUUCAGCUGCUGCCUGGGGAGCUAUGGCUCAGACAAGAUUCUGAUGACCUUCGAGAACCUGGCUGCCUGGGGCCGCUGUCUGUGUGCUAUAUGCCCAACCUCCACAAUGAUUGUCACCUCUGGGGCCAGUGCUGUGGUGUGUGUGUGGGAGCUCAGCAUGGUCAAAGGCCACCCAAGAGGCCUUCGCCUCAGGCAGGCUUUAUAUGGACACUCCCAGGCUGUCACAUGCCUGGCAGCAUCUGUUGCCUUCAGCCUCCUGGUGAGUGGCUCCCAGGAUGCCACCUGCAUCUUGUGGGACUUGGACCUCCUCAGCUAUGUGGCUCGCCUGCCUCCCCACCAGGAGGGCAUCUCAGCCAUCGCUAUCAGUGACAUCUCGGGCACCAUUGUCUCCUGUGCUGGAGCCCACUUGUCCCUAUGGAAUGUCAAUGGACAGCCCCUGGCCAGCAUCACCACAGCCUGGGGUCCAGAAGGAGUCAUAAACUGCUGCUGCCUGAUGGAGGGGCCAGCAUGGGACACAAACCAUGUCAUCAUCACUGGGAGUCACGAUGGCAUAGUUCGGAUUUGGAAGACUGAGGAUGUGAAAAUGUCUGUUCCCAGGCAGACAGCGGCAGAGGAGACCUCUGUUCAGCCUCCAAGCCCCAGAGGCCACAAGUGGGAAAAGAACCUUGCCCUGAGUAGAGAGCUGGAUGUCAGCUUGGCUUUGACUGGGAAACCCAGCAAGACCAGCCCUGCAGUGACAGCUCUGGCUGUGUCUAGAAACCAGACCAAGCUCCUGGUUGGCGAUGAGAAGGGAAGAAUAUUCUGCUGGUCUGCAGAGGGGUAGGAGGAAAAAGGUGGCAGAGGCUCUGGCACAGUAGCCACGUGUCCCUGGGGGCAGCAGCGCCAGGUGGAAGGCAGAUGAUGUGGCACAGGACGGUGGGCUCUGUACCCAGGGGGAGCUUCCAGGGCCUCAUGUGCUCAGGUUCUCAAAAAAGGACUCUCUGGCAACCAGUGUUCUACACCCCAACCAUUUCUCUGGCCCAUGAGACUUCUAUAAGAAGAAUAAGAACACACAUUCAUGCUAGAAACUGUGAGCUGUUAAUGACAAGCUGCACGUGAAAUUAUACAACUCACUUUAUCAAGGGCUUAUUGCACUGAAAAACAUGGGAUUGAUUAUUGGAAACUAAUGGAAACUGUCAUAUUGUCUAUUUUAUUAAAGCAACUAUUUUCCAAAUGCAA